AUGAAGCUUGAUGGUGAGAUCGUCGGAAACCGCCGCUUGCAAACCCGCAACCUGGUGCCGUGGCAGGGCGGUGAAGGUGGGGAUCUCGCAACGUGGCAGGACGACCUUGCUACCUGGAAAGUGGGCGGCUGGGACCAGUUCCAGGGUCGCCAGUCCACCUACAAGUUCGAAACGUACACGACGCAUCUUCAGCGCCCUUCGCCUCUGCUUGCUCAGCUCGCUGAUCUGAUAGCUCGAGAUGUCGAAGGCGGUCGUGGGACGAGGCCCUGCUCUUGGUGCGGAGCUCCUGGCGCUUUUUUGGGCGAGGCCCUGUGCUCUCAGCAGCGAUUUGGUCGUGGCCCUGAAUCGAGGAGUUGUGCGUUGCCGUGA